UGUGGAACACGGAGAAGUAAACAAGAGCUAAUCAAAAGGAUCUUCCGUAACACACACCGUGAUCUUCGCCUAACUAACUGAAAUUACUGUGCGCUACAUACUUUAGUUCUCUUGAGUCGUUCAUUUCACAGUAGGAGUGCUUCUUGUGUGCAGUGAAGAUUGUCUUAUCAAACGUUGUGAUAAGAGCCAGUCGGUCGACAGAUAAUCAUUUGCCAAUUGGAUUUGUGUUAUUUAUACAUAUCAGAAAGUUAUUAACAAAAAGCUAUGUCCGGGGAUGUUCAGCCCAGGAAACGUAAGGAUAAGAAAAGGAAAAAAGAUGACGAAGACACGGUAAAGGAGACUUCAAACCCGAAACAUGCGCCUUCCAGUGCUGCUCAGAUCUCGACUCAACCUGGAGAUAUUCAGAUGCACAUCCACAGCGACCAUGGAACCGGUGGAAAUUGGUGUGCUAAAAUUGUGUUUUUCUUAUUGUUGACCGGGUUAGGAGUGUUGAUUGGUUUGAUUCUAAUCGAGAAUCGAGGAGUGUCGAAUGCCGAUACACCAUUGUCCGAGUCGCGUUAUGCUGAAUAUCUUAGUGGAUGGGUUGACGAGAAUCGCGAAGAUGAUCAUCAUGAAGAAAUUCUUAAUGCCAUAAAUCAACUGGAGGAGGAGGACCACGAUGAUGAAGAUCACGAUGACGAUGGUGAACCGUACGCCGAAGAAGAAGACCACGAUGAUGAACAGGAGGCUCACGAUAAAGAAGAAGAAGAAGAACCACAGAAACUUGACGAUGACGAAGUGGAAGAAAUUGUUGCAACAGAACAACAAGAACCCUCUCUACAAGAAUCGAAAGAUUCCGAGGACAUUGUCGAGGAUGAAGAUGACGACAACGAGAAUGACAACGCAGACAAUGAAGAUGAGGAAGGUGGUGAUGAUGAUGAUGAUGAUGAAGAUGAUUAUAAUGAUGUUGAGAACGAAGACAUUGAAGCAGAUGGCGAAGACGACGAUAAUGAGGCUGUUUCAGAACCUAAGCCGAUUGAUGAAAACAAUGAAGAAAAUGACGAAAUUCAGGACGAUGAGGACAACAACGAUAAAAUAGAAGAUCAGAAAUACUAUACUGGAAAACAUGACGCAGAAGAUGCAGAUGAUAGCGAAGAUGAGCCAAAAGAUCAGCAGAAUGAAAACAACGAUCCGAUUGAUGACGAGGACGAUAGGAGAAGUGCCGAUGCGAUUGCCAAAGAGAUUGACGAACUGGCCGAGGCCGAUGAAGAGCUGCCGUUUGAGGAGGAGGCUAACAAACAAAAGCGCUCACCGACGACGGUGCAUAAUCAUGUACAACAAAAGUUGGAUCCGUCCAACGAGUUCCAAACGCAACAUAUUUUAAAGGAUGUAGAAACUAAACCAAAAGAUCCAGUGGUUAGCGCCGAGAUACUUGCAACUCAAAUGGAUGAAUUGGUAGAAAACUACAAUAAAUUGGCAGAGAUGCUAAAUGUUCCAGCGGAGGUUCGGGUCCAGCAUGAAAUCGACACUAAGGACGACGAUGAUGACGACGGUGAUGGCAAUGACGAUGUCGAACAAGAUGUUUCAGUUAAUGAUGACAACGAAAAUGAUAAAUAUAAUGUGAAUGAUGAUGAUGAUGAUGAUGACGAUGACGAUGGUACUAAUGAUUUGGAAGACGAGUUUGAAAACGUUGUUGACAACGACGAUGGAGAGGAGGAGUAUCUCAGUAAAGUGAGACAGGAACAGGAGCUUAAAAAUCAAAUCAAUGAUAAGCAAAAAGAAGACGAACCACGAGAAGAAGUAUCUCUUGCGGUACAACUUUUUGUUGGUGCUGCGUUGGUCGUUGCCGCUCAUCUCCUUUUGAAGCCCCCGCGUGGUGUCCCUCGGUCGGAAACAGCAGUGCCAUCUAAGUCAACGGCAAAAGCCUCUACGGUUUCCAAGCUGGAAGAACAGCUAACGAGGAAUGAACUAGCUAUGAAUGCAGCCAAUAGAAGAAUUGAUUCUGAUGUGAAUGAGCUAUUCAUCAACCAAACCAAAGAUUUUGAUCGUUCAACAGUCAAUAUUGAAGAUUUUGUUAAAGUUGAAAAAGAUGAGCAUACUGGAGAUCAACCUUUCCUGGAAAACGCUGACGAAGGCCAGGAUGAAAUCUCUUAUUCCGGAGAGGAGGAUUAUGAUUUCGAUCAAGAUGAAUACACGGAUGAACUGGAAGAAAUCGAAGAAGAAGAAGAAGAAGAAACAGAAGAGUACGCGAAAAUUCAGGAAAUGAACAUACUUGAGCAACAGGAGCGAGAAAUCGGUACUUUCGUACCGACCACGUUUGAAGAGUUCAGUGCAAUGUAUCGGCCCGAUGCGGCAGCGGCAGAGGUAGAGGCAGAAGCCAUCGCUCCAUCCCUAGCUGUUCAAAUCGCUGAAACACUUCCCGUAGUUGCAGAACCUGUGCCUGUUCCAACUCCGAAAAAUAGUAAAAAAAACGCCUUUAAAGAAUCGCCACUGUUGAAGAAGAAACCUCCCAAGGGUGCUGUCGGCAAGCUAAUAUACGGUUUGCACAAAGAUCCUAUCAUCUCAGCUAAAGAUAUUCAAACGGCGUCAGAAAAAGCUGCGUCAACUAGCCAGGGAACGAAGGAAAAACGCGUCGAGUUCUUGUUGCCUGACGAACCAAGCGAAAUUCCCGAAUUAGAAGCGUUUGAAAUAAAGUCAGACCCACCUGAAUAUGCGGAUAAUGGAAGUAAAGAGAAUCUGUUUAUUCCAUAUGACGAGUACGGUGUCGACGAAUCGUUCGAGAACGAGAUGGUUUAUGAGGACGACGAGAUUCUGUUUCAGCAAUAUCCAUCCGAUGAAGAGGAGGUAUCAUAUUCGGAUGAGUAUCCGGAAGACGUCUCUGAUGUUGACGAUUCUGAUCUGAUGAGACGGUUGGAGGAAAAAUAUGGCAAAUUGGAAAACGAGAAAUCUGCGGAACCGGAACAGGAAGAGCUUGAAGAAAGCUGGACAAAUAUUCCCUCUAGGCCUAGUGGAUCUCAGACGUACGAAGAAGAGCUGAGAAAAGCUGACAGACAACUCGACGAGUUCCGGAAUGCUAAGAGAGCACUGGCGAGCUAUGAGGAUCUGUUGAUCAAACAACCCCGUCUGAUAGCGGCAUUAGUCGGCAAAGCCCGUGCCUUAGAUCUGCUGGCUGAACAGGAGCAAAGCAACAUUGUCCUGGGGGAAGCGAUUGAAGCGUACCGUGAUGUGAUCAUGAUGGGACAAGCGAUAGACGAUGACACCUUGAAGGCCAUUUCCGAACGUUGCAUCGAACGUAUUCGGUUUCGAGGCCAGUAUUUGAAAGCGAUCGAUAUCCACCAGGUUCUAAUCAAACGGUUCGACACGGAACCAAAGUACAGAAAUCAGCUUGCUGUUACAUAUCUUAUGGCGAAUCGUUUGGUGGAGGCAAAAGCAGUUCUGCACGAGACGCUUAUGCGAUGGAUCGAAGAUGGGUUUGCAUUAGUGCAUUAUGGUUUCGUUCUCAAGAAUCAUGACAAAAAUAUGGAACUAGCUGUUCAAUAUCUGCAGGAAGGUAUUGAAACCGGACACGAAGGAACACAGGAUGGUCGAUUCUAUUUCCAUUUGGGUGAUGCAUUGCAACGACUAGGAAGAAACGACGAAGCAUUGGAGGUUUAUCAGAAAGGCGCGGAGCAAAAACUGUUUCUUUCCAUGUACCAACGUUCCUUAUAUAAUGAAGAUAGUCUCAAAUCUCGACCUUUUUGGACGAUUGAGCAAACUACAUUUGCGAGCCAGUUAAACACGAUUCAGUCGCAGUGGACUGCGAUUCGAGAUGAGGGUUUAAAACUUUUGAACGCGGCUGGUACAUUUCGAGAUGAGGCAGAGAAUCUUCGAGAUAGGGGCGACUGGAAACAGUUCGAGCUGUUCAUGCGUGGCUAUCGGAUAGAUAAGAAUUGUGCCAAAGCUCCACUAACUUGUAAAUUGGUCGAACAAUUUACUGCAGCACGAACUUGCAAACGAGGUCAAAUCAAGUUCAGUGUGAUGCAACCGGGAACCCAUGUUUGGCCACAUUGCGGUCCAACGAACUGCCGAAUUCGAGCACAUCUUGGACUGAUGGUGCCCGAUGGAGUUAGUAUUCGUGUCGCAAAUGAAACGAGACAUUGGGAGAACGGUAGGUGGUUAAUCUUUGACGAUAGCUACGAGCACGAGGUGUGGCACAACGGUACCGAUACUCGACUGGUGCUAAUCGUGGAUUUCUGGCACCCCGAUUUGAACGAUAAUCAAAGGAAAACGCUGUCCCCGAUAUGAUUCAUCACAUCGUGUAAUGAUGCAACAGGCAAGGUACCAAAGGCAAUAAGUAAAUCUAUUUUUUGUUUAAGAAACUGCUCGCCUUAUCUUUUUAAAACGGAUCGAAAAGUGCAUUUUUUAGAUUUUAUAUCGAGUUCAAUACUUAUUGUUAAUUGUCAGCAAAGAAAGCUUAAGAUUUAUUUUACGCCACGUUUUACUGCCCCAAAAUCCCUUUAGUUUAAUGUUUAAUGUUUAAUGUUCUACUUAGGAUCGUGAGUGAGAUUAUAAAAAUAGUAAACAAAUGAAUCAUUUGUAUAUGUUCAAAUCCAAGAAUGAUGGUUGAUAGUUUACCUCGACUAAAAUCAAUUGGUUUCACACUAAAUACCAUACGUUUAGAAGGACAAUCAAAGACUUACUACUGUAUACCUUACGCUCAGACAGCUUAGGACAGGUUUUGUAUUAGAAAAUUUUAAUAUAAAUUGUUAAAAACA